UGUCGUUAUAUCGAUAUACUGUCCGCAAAUAUAUUGACUAAUUUAUUACAUGAACGAGUAAAUUUAAAAAACUCAAGAAUAAUCUACAACAUUGUUUGCAAUUACUUACGGUUUUGAUAAAUCUGUCUAUACAGUUUGUUGACAUUGUGACUUCGAAUUAAGCCCGUAAUAUUGUCAAUGUCCUAAUGUAAUCAGUUUUUAAUAGUGAUCAAGUGAUAUUUGAAAAAGGUUUUUGUUAGUGUCAAUAUGAUUUUUGAUACUACAAAUGUUGAUCUACAUGAUGCACGACAAUACUCUAAACAAGUGUUGGCAGCAUUUUCAGGUACUAUACUAGCAAUAUCCGAUGGCAUGACAUUCGCUUGGACAUCUCCAAUGACCUUAUACUUAAUCAGCGAGGAGAGUCAUAUAAAAACAACAAAGGAAGCAGUGGAAUGGCUCGAGACUGCCUUUUUAGUCGGAUGUUUAAGUGGGAUUCCACUAACCCUAUACUCAGUCGAUAAAUUUGGAAGAAAGAGAAGUCUUGUUUUUGUUUCUUUAAUGAUGUUAUUUGGAUGGUUGUUGAUAGGCUUCGCCAAUCAAAUGAUAUAUUUAUUUCUAGCGAGGGUACUUGCCGGAAUUGCCAGCAAUAUGGUUUACGUGGUAUGUCCGAUGUACAUGUCCGAAUUAUCCGACGAAAAUAUCAGAGGAUUACUUUCAGGAAUAAUGAUGGUCAUGGAUCAUGCAGGAUCUCUAUUGGUUUAUAGUCUGGGUACACGCACGCCUUAUUACGUAUCUCCUCUGUUAGGUUGUAGUAUCGUUAUGUUCCAAAUUAUAAUAUUCUCUUUUAUGCCCGACUCACCUUUCUAUUUAGUAUCUAUCAAUCAAUUACAGAAGGCGAAGGAAGCUUUAAUAUAUUUCAAACCAUACAAGUGUCCCGAUAAUGAAAUAAAAACAAUUCAACAGAUGCUACAUAACGAACAAAGCGAAAGACGUAGUGCUCUAGAUAUUUUUAGAUCGAAAACAAAUAGGAAAGUUUUGACGAUUAUAACGUUUUUGAAUCUUUCCCCCCAACUACUCGGUUAUAGUGUUAUAGUAAUGAAUCUGCACGUUAUUUUGGAAGCAGCUGGUUCUAUUUACAUAAAUUCAUAUAAUACCGGUAUAAUUAGUGGUGUCAUAAUGUUAGUAGCGACAAUAAUUUGCUCUGUAUCGGUGGAUAAAUUCGGAAGAAGGAUCUUGAUAAUGGUGUCCUCUAUAAUAUCAGGACUUUGCGUUUUAGCUUUGGCUGUUUAUUUCAAUUUCAAAUUUGCCGAUUUCAAUACUGAAGCAAUCAGUUGGAUUCCCAUAGUAUCUGUCAUAAUUUUUUGUUUAUUCUUCAAAAUCGGAAUAGGGAUCAUUCCAAUGAUAGUUAACGCUGAAAUAGCACCGAGUAGCAUUCGAGCUGUUUCUGUUACUUACGGUGAUGGGUUGAAGAUCUUUGGGAGCAUAAUUUCAAUUCAAAUCUAUCAGUUUGUUACUAAAGCAGCAGGGUUGUUUGUACCGUUCUAUAUUUAUUCUUGUUGGGCUUUUAUUUUGGCUUUGUACACAUUCCUUUAUAUUCCAGAAACCAAGGGACACUCGUUGGAAGAAAUACAAAGAAUUUUGCAUAACGACGGAAAUAAUCAGCAGAUUCAGGAGUAACAUAACUAAAUUUUAAUGUUUUUAUUGUAAAUGUAUAAUUUGGGAAUUAAUAUACGAGGUGUGAUCAAAUGCAGUGACUGCAUUUUUAUAACAGCAAUCACUUAUAUUGACACCUAUUUCAACUAGUGGACCCAUUUAUUGAGACAAGAAGUCAUCACAAGAUCCGUUCUAGCUUGUUAGUUUGUUACUAUAGCCGUUUUAGUAAAUUCCUUCUGUUGUGAAACAUUGAUGUCGAAGGAUGCUGAUUCCAUUGCCAAAAUUAUCAUUAGAAAUAAAAGUAAGGUGCAGCAAUCCAGUUCUCUGUUAUUAUCUUGUUCUAAAGGGACUCUAUAAUCAAAGUUGAACAUAAAAGUUAUGAUCAUUGUUUACUUUAAUUGUGCGCUUCAAGAGGAACAACUAUGAACCUUUAAGUACACACCAUGCGAUUAAAAACCCCUGAAAAAUUGAAGAAAACGUUUAUCAUAACAACGUGCCAUGUCACAAGCUAUUUUUGUCUCGACAGUUUUUGGCUGACUAAAAGUCUUCCACAUUAAUCGACAUUUAGCACCAAGUGAUUGCUGGCCAUUACUGAAUAAGAAAAUUAUACAAAAUAAACGUUUGUCUCCAUUGCUGAUAUUUAAAAAGCUACGAUUGCAUUUUAAAUUGGGUGUGCUACCCAAGGAGAUUGAUUCAAGUUUCAUGUUAAUGUUCUAUUUUUUUCUAAUGAAAUAAUUUAUCGUAUUAUUUAUCACAUCUCGUAUAAGAGGAUAAUAUAGUUUAAAUACCA